GACUCUGUGACUGACACAGCCCCUUGGGCGCGCGGCUCAUGGAAAGGCUGCAGAAGCAACCGCUGACCUCCCCGGGGAGCGUCUGCUCCUCCCGCGGCUCCAGCGUGCCAGGGUCGCCCUCCAGCAUCGUGGCCAAGAUGGACAACGAGGUGCUGGGCUACAAGGACCUGGCGGCCAUCCCCAAGGACAAGGCCAUCCUGGACAUCGAGCGGCCCGACUUGAUGAUCUACGAGCCCCAUUUCACCUACUCGCUCAUGGAGCACGCGGAGCUGCCCCGGAGCCGGGAGCGCUCCCUGUCCCCUAAAUCCAUCUCUCCUCCGCCAUCCCCAGAGGUUAUCCGGGAAUGGCUGGAGAGCCGCUCGGCGGGCAGCGCCGCGCAGAGCGCCCCGCGGCCCGGCGGCCCCGCGGCCCGCGCCGCCGUGCAGCACCACCACGGGCCGCUCUCACGCCCGUCCCGUGCAGAGCAUCACGCGAGCGCCCACCACGGCAAGCACCUCAUCGAGGACUUGAUCAUCGAGUCCUCCAAGUUCCCGGCGGCUCAGCCCCCGGACCCCAACCAGCCGGCCAAGAUCGAGACCGACUACUGGCCCUGCCCGCCCUCCUUGGCCGUCGUGGAGACCGAGUGGAGGAGGCGGAUGGCGUCCAAGCGGGGCGAGGAGGAGGAGGAGGAUCUCACCGAGGAGAUGAAGAACCUGCGGGAGCUGCAGCGGCAGGAGCUGAGCAAGGUCACCUCCAACCUCGGGAAGCUCAUCCUGAAGGAGGAGAUGGAGAAAUCACUCCCGAUCCGCCGGAAAACCCGCUCGCUGCCGGACCGGACGCCCUUCCACACGUCUCUGCACAUGGGGAGCUACAAGAGCUCCUCGCUGCCCGCCUCCGGCAGGAGCACGCUCACCCGGCUCCAGUCGGCCGAGUUCGGCUCUGCGGGCAGCGAGAAGGGCAGCCCAGGCUUGCAGAACGGCCAGCGCGGGCGCAUGGACAGAGGCAACUCCCUGCCCAGCAUGUUGGAGCAGAAGAUCUACCCCUAUGAAAUGCUCAUGGUGACGAACAGAGGCCGCGUGAAGCUGCCGCCCGGCGUGGACAGGACCAGGCUGGAGCGCCACCUCUCCCCCGAGGACUUCCUGCGCGUCUUCGAGAUGCCCCCCGAGGAGUUCAGCAAGCUGGCGCUGUGGAAGCGCAACGAGCUCAAGAAGAAAGCCUUCCUCUUCUGA